CGAAAGAGUCCUGAUAACAAACGAAACACGAAAAUGUACAAAGAAGAGCAAAGAUCUCCAGCUGCAUCCCUUGCUGACACAAAUUCCCUUUCUACAAGCGCACUCGAACAUAAUAUUGAUCGAGGCCCAAUCCCUUCGAACAACAGUCUCACCAUAUCCUGACGCAAUAUAAAUAUCAUGGCCUUUUCACGGGACCAACAAAUCAAAGAAUACGGCUGGACCGCCCUCUCCUGCGACCCCAAAGAAUGGGGCGGCAUCGCGAAACACAAUACUCCGCCAGUCCCUCAAUUAUGCGCAGAUGUCCCAUUGCCCGACACGCCCAUCGUCAAAGCAGCACUGGCCUACGUCAAGAAAGAACUUCCGGAGCAUACAUUCAAUCAUAGCAUGCGGGUGUUUUACUAUGGAAUGGCCAUCGCCACUCAACAGUUCCCCACGUGGUCCUUUAGCCCAGAGACCUGGCUCUUGACGUGUCUCUUCCACGACAUCGCCACCAUCGACAAACACACGCACGGCACGCUCAUGUCCUUUGAAUUCUAUGGCGGGAUUCUGGCGUUGGAUGUGCUCAAGAACCAGUGUGAUUGUCCUGCCUCGCAGGCAGAGAGCGUCGCCGAAGCGAUCAUCCGCCAUCAGGAUCCUGUCGAGGUCGGGACGAUCACGACGGUCGGGCUGCUGGUGCCGUUGGCGACGCAGUUCGACAACAUGGCCUAUCGAGCAGAUUACGUCCAUGCCGAUACAAUCAAGGAUGUGGUCAAGCAUUACCCACGACGCAACUGGUCCAAGUGUUUCUCCACGAAGAUCCGGGAGGAAGUAAGCGUCAAGCCUUGGUGUCAUACGACGGCUUCAACGGAGAAGUUUCCCCAUGAUGUUGAACAUAAUGCUUUGAUGGAGCCUUAUGAUGGGCUCUUUUGAACGAGGGCUCGUCAAGAUCGUCGUUUGGACGUGAUGACUGGCUUGUGGGGUGCGGACAAUGUAUUCAAGGGAUUAGACCGUAAGAUUCAAA